GCCCGCCAUGUACCGAGCGCUGUACGCUUUCCGCUCCCCGGAACUCAACUCGCUGCAAUUCGGAGCCGGAGAGAGCUUCCUAAUCCUGGAGCGAUGCAAUCAGCACUGGUGGCUAGCCAGCCGCUGCAGCAGCGGGGGACACGGGCUACGUGCCGGCCUCCUACCUAGAGAGGAUGCAGAUUGCACUGACAUCGGCCCAAGGGCAGUAUCCAGUACGUCCACUGCCAGUUUGUCUUCUCUUGAUACCUUGUGCACUACAUCUACAGACUCCUGUCAGAUCACAACAGCAUCCAGCCCAAGUAACACUCCACCCCCUGUGCCUAGUAGAAGUGCUCAUACCACUGUGUCUCAUAGUAUAGAUAUAUGUACUACAAAGACUCUUAUUUCUCAGAGUAAAAAGGCUGCCACAGAGAAUCCUGAUAAUAUAAAGAGUGAGAGUAAUAGAACUGCACAAGCAAAGCGAAACGCUCCAGCUCCUCCCGUCAGCUUGGAGGCUUUUAACUCUGUCAACCAUGAAAUCAAAACAAAGGCAUCUUUGAAAGCUUCAGCACAAGAAACUACAAAUCCUGAUACGGUUGUGAUUCCAAAAACUAUUGGUGCUGAGCUAAUUGAACUGGUUCGCAAAAACACCAACCUAAGCUACGAAUUGUCCCGGGUGGCCAUAGGCGUUAUUAUGGGUCACAUCCAAGCUUCAGUACCAUCUACAGCACCUGUCAUGGAGCAGAUUCUAGUCUCUUUAGUUGAAAGCAAAGAUUCCAGCACGGGAUUACCUUCUGGGCAGAUCUGUCAUGAUGAGCAGCGACUGGAGGUUAUAUUUACUGAUCUGGCCAGACACAAAGACGAUGCUCAGCAGAGAAGCUGGGCUCUGUAUGAAGAUGAGAAUGUCAUACUUUGUUACUUGGAGGAGCUGCUUCUAAUUCUGACAGAUGCAGACCCAGAAGUAUGCAAGAAAAUGUGCAAGAAGAACCAGUUUGAGGCUGUUAUGUCCCUUGUGUCUUAUUAUCAAAUGAGCAUCAGAAGAUGUGUUAUUCUGCACUGGUUCUGGCAAUGAUAUUCUCUAUGGGGGAACCACUUCCUUAUCACCAUUAUGAGCAUCUGAACUCCCAGUUUGUCCAGUUCCUUUUGGAUGUGAUUGAGGACGGGUUACCCUCUGACAUUACCGAGCAGCUUCCAGACCUGUUCCUUAAUGUGCUUCUUGCUUUUAAUCUGCACAUACCAGUUCCUGCUAAUAAUGUGAUUAUGAAAAGCCUUUGUAAACACCCUAAUGUCAAAGUGUUUACAGAGAAACUUUUGCUACUUCUCAACAGGGGAGACGACCCAGUUUGUAUCUUUAAACAUCAACCACAGCCUCCACCCUCAGUCUUGAAGAUCCUUCAGGAUAUCUUUGCCAGCAGGGACACUGCAAACCUUUUUUAUCAUUCGGACAUGAUGGUUAUGAUUGACAUAAUUGUGCGUCAGAUUUCAGACCUUUCACCUGGCGAUAAGCUCCGUAUGGAAUAUCUCUCCUUGAUGCACGCCAUCAUCCGCUCAACCGAUUACCUCCAGCACUUGCACCGCCAGCAAGAUCUGCAUGGAGUGCUACAACGCAUCUUAUCCGAGGAGGAGGAAGGACCUCACUGCCAGAUGGACAAAAUGAUCACCCAGGAAAUAUAUAAAGAAUUCCCUGAAGUAACUCCUAAGAGUUGUUAAGGAACCAAUAUGGCACAUUUAGAAAAAAACAAAAUAUAAUUUGGGAAGAUUCAUAAACACUUGUCAGGAAUCUGUUCCUGUUUUACAGACUCUUCCUUAUUCAGUGCUACUGAAAAGUGACAUUAUAAACUGUAGUAGAGACUUGCAUUCUCUGCUAUAAACAGUAUCGUGAUAGUAUUAUAAUACAGAGAGAUCUGAAGAAAGCAUAUCACACUGGAAAUGCAUUAUUAUUUCUCUUAACAGAAUAUACUACAACAAUAUCCCUUCUGAACUGACAAUAUGGAAUGCGGCUUUACUUUUAGAACGGUUUUCGGCUUAUCUGCUGCAGGCACUGUAUGCAGAUCAUUGACUGAGAAAACACUUCAUGUAGGUGUUAACUGCAGACCUCUGGUAAUCUUACUUGACAUUACAACUGGGUCAUUAUAUGCUGCUUCUGAUUUUAGAUGUUUUGGUUAAUAGCCCUACAGUAAAUGCUGUUAAGUCAGGGCACAGUCUGCCAUUUUAAAAACAUGGCAUUUGACUCGGCAGGCAUGUUUUGGAAAUUAGCAUCUCCAACUGUUUAGCUAAAAAAAAAAAAAUAUUCUUACCAUCUCUACAUGAAAUGCUGUGUAACCCCCCCCCCCACCACCACCCCAAAGGAUUUCUUCCACUUAAGUAGGUUUCAGUUCUAGCUUUAUCUCUAAAAAAUAGUUCUAGUUUAAGUCUUAAAAGUGAGACUUGUACAAGCAUUAUAUUGCAGCUGAAAUCAGAAAAUAAUUUUUAAUAAAGAAUUAUUAGCUCUUAGGUGUUUGAGUAAAGUCCUUUUCAACACUUGUGUUACUCUUCAUUUCUUUAUAUAAAGUUAUUUAAUAUUGAGAAACUCAGACACCUACAUGUUUAUUAAACUAAUAAUUUUACAUAAUGAAGAAUGAGAGCUCAUUGUUAUGCUGAAUAUGAUGGUUGCUGGUUCUAUAUUUCCAUAUUCUAUAUUUUCUAUGACUAAUACUUUUGCUGGCAAACCUGCGCGUGUGCUGGAGAUAAUUAUAUUUCUACAUUAUCUGCUUAAAUAUAUUUUAAAUCUUUUAUGUAUGUAUAAUAAGUGUGAAAUAAAAAAUAGUUUAACAUAUUAGGUUUCUUUAUAUUUAGAUAAAUUUCAAAUCUGAAUGCUCUUGUCAUUGGUUUACAUUAUGUCCGUGAACAGACUUCACAAAAAAGAUCCACAGUUAUUCUAUAGAUAACAACUAUGACUGUAACAUUAAUAGUCCCUGCUUUGUCUUGACAUAUCCCAUGCCCAGGUGGUACUUUUCCCAGAACUUUUUAUGUUUGUUUUGUGAAAUAAACUAAUUAUAAUGCAGAAUGAUGUUUUUUAUUUUAGUAAACGUGUUGUCUUUACUAAUUGAUAUCCAGGCCCCUGAUAUUCAAAGAUUCUCCAGCUUGGAGAGAAAUUGUAGUUCAGGCUUCAGAGGCUGAAUUGACUGAAUUUUUAAAAGAAAAAGAGCUGAACUUUCCUGCAUGGCAAGAUCUCUUUUAUGUAUGUGAAGCAGAGACAAGCCCAGGGCAAUAUAGAACUGCAUAAAUGAGACUGAGUUUUGUUACACUUACUUUAUGCAUUAGAUUUUAUAUUACUUUACACUUCAGCUUGGGUCUUUUCAGUAUUAUUGCAUUUAAGCUUUGCACUUUCUCAUUUGUAUUUUAAUACUUUAAAAUUUUGAUUUAGAAAUGAUUUUACACAUUCUGAUUAUGCUUUAAAAGUUUCUGUGUUACUUUAAUAACUUAGGAUCAUACUUUGUAUAUUUUUGUGCAUGUUUUGCAAAUUGCAAAGCACUUUGUAUUUUCUCCAUUGUAAACUGACAGUUCCUGAAACUUGGAGGGACAAGGCAGUUCCCUGGGUAUAUUUAAAUCUCUUUCACCAGUCUUGUGAAAUUUUGUAAGCAUUUUAAACAAGCUGGUCUCACUGAUUUUGUCUUGCCAGCUGUAUGCAGGUGAAGUUUUCUCAACAUUCACAAUACACUUAUUUAAACUAACAGAAAAGUAAUAUAUACUAAACUAUAGGCAAAAGCAAGUUAAAUUGUAGUGAAAACAUUUGUUUGAUUUGGAAUUGAUGCAAACAUAGCCUUUAUAUCAACCCCAGGGGUUCUCCAGUUACCCUCUCUCUCCCCUGUGAAAUUUUGUAUCCCAGAAAGCUUCAUUACUUUCUAUGGAAGGCAUCUCUCUGGGAUUUCCCAGUUCCUCCCCUUUUCCUCGGAAAUUCAGUCAGUUCUGCCCCUGUGAAGUCAGCACUAUAAUCUCCAAACUAGAGAAUGUUUGAUUAUCUGGGCCAUAGAAUGUAAUGAUGUUCUGUGGUAAACUGAAGCUGACCGUUUUUUAAUUUAAAGAAGUGCAAUCUAAUUUGUAACAUAUACACAUAAAUAUACAAAGUAUGAGCCUAAUUUGGUAAAGUUACACAGAAACUGUGAAGGCAUAAUCAGAAUUUGUAAAAUCACAAUCCUAAAUACACUGCUGAAUACAAAAUAACAUACAAAAUAGAAUGUGCAAAGUUUAAAUGUAAUUAAAUGCCAUCUGAAUUGUAAAGUGAUAUAAAAUACAAAGCACUAAGUGUAAAUGCAGCUGAACUGUCAUAUCAUGCAGCCCUUUAUUGCACUGGGCUUGUCUCUCCUUCACAUAUUGAAAUGCAUCACUAGGGAUCUCACGGUGCUGAAGGAUCAUUUUAGAAUAUCUCACCUGAUCAGAGAGGUUUUUAGUAUCAGGUCCUCAAUGAGAAGUUACAAAUAGAUAACUGUGUGGGAGCAAUAUUAAAGGGAACUUAAGCUCUAUAAGUAAUACCCAUAAAAUGUUCAAAUAAAAUAAAACAAUAAAAAUAUAUAUAAUGUA